AUGGCCAUCACUAUUCUUCCUCCCGUUGUGGAGGAUGCCAAUUAUCCCCAUCCAGAUUCAGACUCCGAUUCAAUGUCGAUAGAUUCAGACGGAGGAGUUGAUUUGACUUCAAGAGGAGGCUCUCGACCCAGCAAACGGCCCCGCUUAGUGGAAGGAACAAAGAUUGGCGCAGGAAUUGUGACACCAGGUGAAGUUGUGACGGAUGAUCCACAAUGGAUGAGAGGCCACGGUACCUACUCAAAUCCGCUCUCGACUUCGAUUAUUGCCACUGUUGCUGGUACCGUACAGAAAACGAACAAACUGCUCUCCGUUCAGCCGCUGCGGGCCCGGUAUAUCCCAGAAAUCGGUGAUCUGGUUGUUGGACGGAUUGUGGAGGUUCAGUCACGACGAUGGAAGGUCGAUAUCGCCGCCCCUCUCCUCGCACAGCUACCCCUCUCUGCCAUCAAUCUUCCGGGCGGUAUCUUGCGUAGGCGGACAAGCGCGGAUGAACUGCAGAUUCGAACCUUUUUCAGUGAAGGGGAUUUGGUGGUUGCAGAGGUUCAGAGCGUGCAUUCAGACGGCUCAGCAUCAUUGCACACGCGAUCACUGAAAUACGGCAAGCUCAGAAACGGCGUGUUCCUCGCUGUUGCGGGAACCGGUGGUAGCGGAGCAUCGAGUUCGACAGUGAAGGGAGGUCCUGGAGCAGGAACUGCUUCUGCAGGGGCGAUGGGCACUUCAGGCACGGGUGGUGUGGUUCGCGCCCGGAGACAACAGUGGACGGUCAACACAGCGAACGGAGGCGGUGAGGUGAACAUUAUACUUGGGGUAAAUGGUUACAUCUGGAUCUCGAAACACGCCGACGGCGCGGCCGCAGCAUCCUCUACGACGGAGAAUGUAUCCAUCACCCGUAUGGAGGAGAUGGUAUCGAGUUCUAUCUAUUCCAGCCAGAACGACGAGAUCCCACCGCAGACACGGCGCGAGAUUGCACGCCUGGCGCAAUGUAUUCGCGUGCUGGUCCAAGGUGGAGUACGUGUGGACGAGGAAACCGUCAUGAGAGCAUACGAUGCCAGUUUACAGGUCGAUCUUGAAGUUGGUGACGAUGAGGAUGAGGACGAGCGGAGAAGAGAAGGAAGGGAGUAUCUCGAGGGUGCUAAAGCUUCGGGGAUCCUAGCUUUGGCGAUGGAAGCACGAUGA